UUAUUUUGGAUAAGCUCAUUCAACGCGAGAAAAAGCUGAUUAUGCGCAAACGAGAUACCAGCAUCCUCCAGGAAUUGAGAAAACCGAUGGAAGACACAGAAAUCGGUGAUCAAGAAGAUUUACCCGAUUUACCACGUGUCCCUGGACUGCAACUGACCUCUACUGGCUUCGCCGAUCUGCUGAUGGUAUUUGAGUUCCUGCACAACUUUGGAGAAACGCUUGGAUUUAUGGAAACCACAGCAGAUAUGGAAUCGUUACCAUCGCUACAGACGUUGCACACGGCUUUGACAAGUGAAAAUGCGGUGGAAGCCGAAGAGGAAAUGCUCACGGUCAUGACUCACCUUUUGGUGUGCGCUAUUGAAGAUCCUGGUAUUCCCAAUCCUGGUAGACAUACGACGUUGCUUGGGCAAACGUUGCGCCAGGCUGAUAUUACUCACUCGAACGUGUCGGAGAUUCUGCGAAUUUAUCUUUAUGCUGUCGCACAUGGUGAAGUUCGACAGCAAAGUGGUAUCAAUUUGGAAAGGGAACGGGAAAGACACCAUCUGCCGACAGAAGAAGACAUCAAGACGGCUAGCGACAAGAAUCGACAGUUCUAUGAACUGCUCGCUGAGAAUGUGCGAUAUAAGUUGUCGGAACAGCUGAAAGAUAAACCGUUUGUAGCCAUUAAUCCAACAACCAAGGCGGAAAUCCUAGCUAUGUUGUGUAACGAUUUGUUAAUGAACAAAGCGGUGCUUAAGCAGAUCGAGGGAAGUCUAGAUACACAGGCUCAGCUUAAAAAGGAACGAUACCUGUUGGAUAAUAAAAUUCGAAAGUACAAGAUGUUGGUGGCCCGUAAACAGCGCCUCGAACAGUACGAAAGGGCUCAGGCGGCAGCCCUAGAAAAAUCUCUGUCCAUGAAAGCGGCGGAAGAAGCAGCUAAACGCGCCGAGGAAGCUGCGGCUCUUGCAGGAGAAAGCACAACAACGACAGAUCAACCACUAGCUCAACAAGGGGAGGAGAAGACUGAAGGAAUGGAAGUAGAGAAUGUUGAUGGAACGGCGCCAGUUUCUUGUGCCGCAACCGCCACCGAUGGUACAAAUCCUGCUCCUGCACAAGCACAACUUCCUGAAGCCGAACAAAAUCACAAGGAUGAAGUUCCAAUAAAUCCUAGCCAAGAAUCGAUGUCGCUCAAUAACGGUACCAGUACUCCUAUGGAGGAAAGUCCUAUAAAAGCCCCUCCUACACCGGUACAGGACGAACCAACGGCCAUCAAGCCUAAAGAAAUGAAUUUCACUAAUGAAAUCAACGAUAUAUCUGGUUUGAACGUUUCGCAGCAACAAAGCAAUAGCGGUGGAGAGUUAGAUAAUCCCUUCUCGAAGUCGAUGAUUCAUGACGCUCCUAGCGAACGGAACGAUGACAGUGAUCUCGAGAGUGAAGGAACUCAGCUGGAGGAAGACGAAGACGCAACGUUGACGGCAGAAGAAGCACAGAAAAAGUACGACAAAAUACUUGAAACAUCCUUCCAAAAUAAACAGCAACUGGAACAUGCUUUGAACCAGCUACGAGUGAAAUGUUUCGGCCAAGACCGUUACUGGCGUCGGUACUGGAAUCUGACCAAAUGUGGUGGCAUUUAUGUCGAGUCGAUGGAAUCCGCUCAGCUUGAUGUGUACAAAUACCAAAACGGCCUGGACGAAAUUCAUGCUAGUCAAGUGGAAGCUGAGGAGAACCCGGCUGUUGAAAAAGAAGCAGCGAUAACUGCAGACGCAAUUGAACCUACGGUCAACGAUGAAACAUCCUUCGGUGCAGGUGGUCCUUUGGAUGAAACUAUUCCUCCCGAGGAGGACAUUCCACGUUUCAUUCCGACCAUUGCCGAUAUUGUUAAGCGUGAUCGGGAUAAGAACAAGGAAAACAAAGAUGCUAAUGAUUUCUCUCAUCAGUUGGAAGAACGUAAGCGAAAGCGAACAGGUCGUAGUAAAAAGAAACAUGAUUUCUUCAACCAGGAAAACACCAAUGAUAGUGAAUCGCAGGAUGUUCAAGAAGAGGACAACUCACGAACGAGUUUUUCAAACUGUGAUGAAACGAGAACCGAUUCCCAGUCAGAAGCCGAACCGCAGGCUGCACCGGCAGAAGCGGCGAAGGUUGCGACUGAUCCGCAGCCACCACCAGUUCCACCUGCGACCGCUGCAGCUGCAGCCACCGUUCAACCACAACAACCACCAGUUCCGGUGCCCAUUCAGUUGGGUGCAGCUAAACAAAAGCGUGAUGACGAUCAUCUGAUGGACAUCGAGGACUCUAUUCCAACCGCUAUUUUGGUACAGAAGGGUAACGAUCAUGACCAAACGAAGAUUGUCGAAGUGAACAACCAGAUCGGAGGAAUCAACAUGAAUCGUCAGCAAGAUGACGCGGAUGUUGAACUGAUUCAGGAAGAAACCCCCACGAUAACCAUUCCGGACGAUGAUACCAUGGACGGCGAUACGGGUGCUAAUCGGGAUCCGGCUGAGGGUGCCGGUAGUGUCGAACAACAGCAGGAAUCGGCAAUGACGACGACGACAACGACGACAAACGGCGGCAGCAACUGUGAUAUGAAGCCAAAGCUGGAAAACGGUGAAAUCGGACCCGGCGUAGGCGAAGACGGCAAACCCAUGUACGGACCGGAUGGCGAAGUAUUGGGAGUGAUACCGGAAGUCAAAGUCCAGACGAAAAAGGAAGAUUACACAAUGGAAAGGUGGUUUUCGAUUGUGGAUAAAGAGCUUCCACUAACCAGCACCGAAUGUCCAUUGCCAUGCCUCAAAGGAACUACGCCGGCUUCGAUUGCCCGUCAGGUGUAUACGAACAUAACGUGCAAAGAAAUCUGCCAAAUACAGGGUAAUCGAUGGGAUAUUGGUAACAAUAUUCAGUUCUUUAGCGUUCCCUUGGAGAAAACGGUGGAAAUUAACUUGAAAAAUGAGUCGAUACUAUCAAUGUCUGGGCUGGAUGACGCCGAGAUGUAUGAGGUGAUAUCAAAGAGGGUAAAGAAGGAUCCUGAACAGUUGGCCGAUUUGAAACCUUCUCUCCCGAUUCUGGUACCUAAACGGGAGUCAGUUGAUGGUAGCUUCGGCGAGAUCAAAUCCGAGAUGAAACAGGAAGGCGGUGAACACGAAGAGUUUGGGUCGUUUUCUCUUCCUGCCUACAUGACACUGACUUUGAGCAAUCUAACUGCUUAUGUGCAAUGUGAUCAAUUCCAGCCACUCCAAAUGACCCCCGAGGAAGAAAAGCAGAUGGAAGAAAUCAAACAGUUUGGCACCCUUAAGAAACCAGAAAUCAAGCCAAUAAGGAAGUAUCUCCGUCAUGGGUGGUGGAAGCUUAAUGAAAUUGAAGAAUUGAACGAGUUGCUAAAAUACCUCAACCCACGAGGCGUUCGAGAACGAAGUUUACGACAAAACUUGCUAGAAUCGCUGGCUGAAAGUGUCAAUCUAAUGACUCCUUAUCCGGUGGCUUGUCCUCAAACUUCAACGGCCCAGACAGAUUGGGUGGAAUCAGAAGCGUGGAAUGCAUGGAAUCCAGCCAUCGCACGCCGGGUGGAAAUAGCGUUGCUCGAUCAGAUCGAAGCCAUGGAAGACAAAGUCGCUUCGGCUUCCAUGCAGAUCAAGGGCUGGCAAAUGCCGCAACGGGAUGGCGAUAGUGAUAGUGAUAUCGUCGAGAACGUUACCAUCGAAAUGCUGCGGGAACGAAUCUCUGGGCUAGAGGCGGCUAUCGAAAGGCGUUAUCUCAAGCCGCCACUGGGAAUCAACUCAACGGAGGCCCAAAUGGCUGCUAUCGCUCAUCAUGAUUCGCACCACUCAAUCGGUAACACGUCAACCUGCUCAAACAGUUCGGAUGAUGAAAACAUCCCUAAAGGUCUUGUAUCUUGGCGUGACGCUGUAGAACGGUCAGUCACGACUGCUCAGUUAUCAAUGGCUCUAUAUGUGCUGGAAUCGUGCAUCGCCUGGGACAAAAGCAUCAUGAAGGCGAAUUGCCAGUUCUGUCAGUCGGGCGAGCAGGAGGACAAAUUACUGCUGUGCGAUGGAUGCGAUCGAGGUUAUCACACCUACUGCUUCAAGCCGAUUAUGGACAAAAUCCCCGAUGGGGAUUGGUACUGCUACGAGUGUAAGAAUAAAGCAACCGGUGAUAGAAAGUGCAUAGUUUGUGGUGGCAUGAGACCUCCGCCUCUAGGAAAGAUGGUUUACUGUGAGCUAUGCCCAAGGGCAUACCAUCAGGACUGUUAUAUUCCACCAAUGCUUAAAUAUCCUCGUGGUAAGUGGUAUUGCACAAACUGCGCUUCGAAGGCCCCACCCAAAAAGAAGCCCCAGCGAAAGCCUCCCAAGGAGAAAGAGAAGCAAGGCCACAACACGUCAUCGGCUGGACUAAACACGUCCACGCUUAGUAAUCAAUCUGCCAACCACUCAUUGAAUUCGUCCCACGAGGAAAUCCCACCGGUUACGCCAAUACCCUCGACUCUGUCUUCACCCGGUGGAACGCCCCUGCCAGGUCAUCCCCCACAGCUGCAACACUGCAGCAUCAACAACAACAGUAGUCCCCAUCUGGCGGUGAAUUCCGUCGUCGCUCCGGCGCUCAGUCCAGCAAAUUCAGUAGCGUCCACGACCAAUGAAGAGCCGUCGUCUACUGGUGGCACCGGUUCCGGCCAAUGUCUCGCGACGCCAUCGCAGUCUCAAGAUUUUUCAACAGCCCAUCAACAGCACCAUCAGCAGCAGCAACAACAACAGCCGCAAACAAUAGCAUUUCCAGCGCAUCAGUACGCUAAUCUGGAGGGAACGGCAGUGUCCAGCGUACUCAACAGCUUCCAACUGCCAUUACCGCCACUGGCCACCGCCGCUAGUACUGCUGGUGGUUCGAACAACUUCGACCCACAACAAUACUAUCAAUCCCAGCAGCAACAUCAGCUGCACCAGUUCUACCCUCAGCAGCAGCAACAACAAAGUCAGACGGUCAACGAUAGUGAAUCUCAUGGCACUGUAGCUGGUCAGCAACCGAACGACAAUAGUAGCAGCAUGGAGAACAGUAGCCUCAAUGCCUCCAUGGGUAGCGUGGACGAAUCUCAAUACGAUACUAGCGGGCAGCGACUAGCUUCGGAAAAUAAUUCCUAUUCACCGGUCGGUUACGAGUCGGACCGAGGCCUGGUUCCGGAAUCUUCCGAUGAACCAAUGCUGCAGCAGCAGCAACAGUCCCAUAGCAGUAGCAGCAGCGGUUCGCACAAGUCGGCAAAAAAGGAUCGCAAAGAACGUGACGAGGCAAAGGAACAAGCCAAGAAGGAGAAGAAGGCUAACAAGAAACUAAUGAAGGAGUUGGCCCCGUGCAAGACCGUGUUGGAGGAGAUGGAGGUGCACGAGCAUUCUUGGCCGUUUCUUUUGCCAGUGAACACCAAACAGUUCCCCACGUACAGGAAGGUCAUCAAGUAUCCGAUGGAUUUGUCGACGAUCAAAAAGCGCCUGCAGGAUUUGGUUUACAAAUCACGGGAGGACUUCCUGAACGACGUCCGGCUCAUCUUUGACAACUGUGAAAUGUUCAACGAGGACGAUUCGCCAGUGGGAACAGCCGGUCAUGGAAUGCGCCAGUAUUUGGAGCGGCGUUGGGCCGAACUGACCGAGAAGCCGGCUACGCAACAACCACAACAACAGCAACCAUCAUCAAUGCAGGAUCAACAACACUCCGGAUCCUCAUCUUGAUGUCAGCAGUUAGCGUCUACCGGAGAUGGGGGAUGCGAAAGCGCUGCAGAUGUAGUAUCACUGGAAGAAGCUGGCAUUGGAGAAGAAGAGCCUGUUCAUCGAUUAUCGGCGACGAUUGCAGAAACAGUAGAGGAAAAUAUGGAUGAACAAAUUGGUGCAGAAAUUCUGCAAUUGGACGGGACAGAUGGAGCUGGAGCGACUCAUGCCGAUGGAGACGUACAGCAGGAAGAAGGACGGCAGUAAACGGUGAAAACCCUCGAGUGUAUGUGUGUUAAUAGUUUUUAGGUUGUUCUUGAUUUCGCUUUAGAUUAUUUUCUCGCAUAGCGGGAAACGAAUUUCUUUUAACCAGAACUAACUAAUGUGAGGAACAUGCCGUCACAGUAUUUUUAUUUAAUUUAUUUCUGUUCGUUCUAAUUUUUGAAAUAUUUUCAAACCCCAGAACGAAUAAUUUUACGCCAGUAUUUUUCGAUAACGAGAAACAAGUUGAAGGCAGGAAAAUUAAUCGAACAUUUCAAACUGCGUAGAGAAACAUUUGGAUAGUUUGGGCAAUGUUUUGGAGUAAGAUCAAAAUUAAUCGUUAAACCAAACGAAGAAAAUAUCAUAGAAAUCGUAAAUCUAAACAUCAACUUAAAUGUAUUCACGCAAAAAAUAGACUGUUUUACAAGUAAACAAAAGAUAACUUAUUUAAAGUCUCACUAUCUAUUAAACGUUAGCAGUCCUUGAAAAAGUUGCUAAAUUGAAUCAAAUUUAGAUAUUAUCUGAUAACCCAGACUUGAUAAAAAUUAUCUAAGAAAACCUACCAACCACUCCUUGAAACUGUGCGCUUGGUAAAGGAAAUUUUCAAAUUACAUAGAAAACAACAUUUAACACGAUGAUGAGCAACACAAAUGUCAUGUAAGCGACUGUAGUGUAUAUUUUUAUUGCGUAUGGGCUUUCUUUCCCUCCUGAGAAAAGUUGUAGAAAAAAGCACACAAACUUUGAGAUACAAACGUUUGCGCGAUCUGUACUAAAUCGAAAUCUCAUCUUCCAAAUUGAUGAAGAAUUAAAAAAACCAACAAAAACUAACAGCCAUUGGAAAUUUGUUCCCUUGUAAGGAAAAGAAAAGAUGGAGUGAAAACAAUGACACUGAUUUGUACAUAAUAAAUUAGUAUUAAGUUACGCUUUUUUACCUUUAAGUGCAAGGACGUUUUUACAAACAAGAACAAAAUGAAAUGCUGAACCGCGCAAAAGGGCGUGGAUCUAUUUAUAUAAAAAAGCGAAAAAUGUGAAUAAAUAAGUAAAGUAAUAGUAAAAACACAAAUCAUAAAAUAAAAAAUCUAACUGCGGUGUAAUUUUCUCAAUGCAGAAAGAAAGUGAUAUCUGAACACAAUCUCACAAGACGAAUUAACCACGCGUGUCUGAUUUCAUUCGUAGCAUUUUAUGUUCCGUGUCAUAUUGUGUUUACCUGAUUGAUCCAUCACAUCGGAUACCAUGCCAUGUUCUCUUGCUCUCUCCAUACUGUCGUACCUCUUUUUUUCAUGAGAUAAUUUUGUAAAAUAAUGAAUUUGGAUUGCUCAGAACAAAAUCUUAGCUUUUUUUCUCCGAAACCAACAAUCAAAUGCAAAUGGAAAGCAAACUCAACUCAACUGAUCGAUAUCCUAUCGACGAUUGUGUCCAAAGUAGUGUGAAUAACGCCAGAACAAUAUACUAGAUCUAACUUAGGAACUUGUCGUUGUACUGUGAGCAAGUAGUUGAGAAAGUGUAUAACACAUGGAUUAAUACAGAAUGUUCGUCUUCUAAUCUAUCACCUAACAAAUAACGAAAAAAUAGAAUCCCUUUUUCCCCAUUUCAACAACAAUCGUUCAUGGCGACAGAAAACUAAAAUAAGGAAUCCAAAAUUAACAUGUAAAGAUUUAAAUUGUCCACGUGUCUCUGCGAAAAAAAAGUAGUUUUGUAAAGUGAUUAGAACGUUGGAAGGCACGCUGCUGAUGAAAAAAACUAUUAAAGUGUAGAAAUUCUCUCCUCAGCGUAGCAUCUUUUUCCCCACCCAACAGCAGAAAAAAAUAACGAUAAUUAUAUGAGCGCGCGUGUGUGAGCUAGUUUAAUUUGGUCUUCGAAUGUUAGUUUUUACCGGUCCGUCUGCACAUCUCUCCAUACGUGGACGAAAAAAAUGGACAAAAACACUAAUUUCAUGUCUAGUUUUUAAAUUUAAUUAAUUAAUUAGGUAUGACAACAAGUUUCAGUUUGGUUCCGACUGAGUUUGUCGAUUGGGAAUGAACAUACCGUAGGCAGAGGACAAUUAAAACAGAAAAAAACAGAAACAGAACAGUAAGAACAACAAAAUGAAAUAUGUUAUUAUAUGUGUACAUAUAUUGGAGAAUUCGAGAAGUAUGGCAAAAUUGAUAGAAAUAAAACACAUUGAAGGAAUAAUAAAAA